UUUGUAUUUUCUUCAUCUGAUUAAAAAAAAAUCACUGUGGGAAAAGUUUUUUCCGGAAACUCCUUUAAUGGCGGAAGAAGAGAAGCGAACUUCACCGGAACCUCCUCUUCCUUCUCCGCCGGAAUCUUCACCUCAACCCAAAGAUCCACCGCCAGAAUCUUCUACUUCUCCGGCUAGAUUCGAUCCUAGUCGAAUGAUUGGGAUCAUCAAAAGGAAAGCUUUGAUUAAGGAUUUAGCUGCUGCUUACCACGCCGAGUGUCUUGCUCUUUGCCGAGAACUUCUGGAGCUUCAAAAGAGAAAGGACGAGCCGUUCCUGGACACCAAAGCUACGGAAGAUAUGAGAAAAGAGACGGUGAGGUCUUCUUCCAAACGAGCUAAGAAAAAACGUUAAAAGAAAAGACUUGGUAUGAUGCUUGAUUUACUACGUAGGUAUGAUGUUCAUAGAUCGGUUUUUAUGCUUCAGGUGAAGUAAAAAACUUGUUGAAAGAUUGAAAUUUUUAUUUGAUUAUCUAAAUUAUAUACAAUAUUUACACAUUUACUAAGAAGAAUUCGAAUCA